AUGAAGAGGAAGGUGCGGGAGGAGCAAAAUGGCGGGGCUGUGGCAACGGGCAAGCGAAAGAAGGAGGAAGACGUAGAGGCUGAAGAUGGUGAAGAACAGGAUGGAGAAACGAUCUCUCCGAAUGGGGAGGCUGGCGCGAAAGCAGAUGGAGGGGGGGAGGCGAAGAUUAAAUUCACUCUCAAGUCGACGACGCCGCUCAACAAGGGAUUUUCGUUCAAAUCGAAGCCACCACCCAAGCCAAAGAAAGGGCAGCCCAAAGCAGCCGAUGUGGAAUCGAAACCGAGCAAAUCGGCCACCAUUGUGCAGCUGCCCAAGAGUUACGAUGCAGUGGCGCACCUGCCGUUCUUUGCCGGCAGCGGCCUGGACGACUCGCCAGCGACCUCGACCGCCACGCUCAAGUCGGGCAGCAGCGGCGGCUGGCCAGACGAAUGGGAGUGGGAGGAGGAUGAAGACAGCAGCGACGGCGAGUGGGCGCCUUGGGGCACCAAGACCAGCAAGAACGAUUCGCUCCUGGCGGCCUUCAACGCGGUGCAGCUUCGGCGGUGGGUGGAAGAGGCGGAGACCAAGCAGGAGGCCCUCUUCGUCGAAGAGCUGCGACGACGAACCGAGCAGGAGCGCGAGAAGGAGCGCGAGCGGGAAAGGGAGCGCGAGCGUAAGGAGAAGGAGAAGGAGGAUGCCGAAGCCGCCGCCGCCGCCACUGCGACCGGCAAGAAGAAGCCCGCGGCCAAGACGGCGACGGGCAAGCGCAAGGGUCCCGCUGCCGCCACCGCAGCCGCUGCCACGCCCGCAGCAGCAAAGGGCGCAAAAGGAAAGGGCGCCAAGGCUGCCAAGGCCGCCAAGCCGGCGAAGAAGCCCAAGGUCACCAAGGGCAAAGCUGGUGCUAAGAAGGACGACGCCGGGCAGAGCGCUGAUGGUAUCAAAAAGGAGCGGGACGAAGACGGCGAACGGGAAAGAGACGAGGAAAACGGAAUCAAAGACAUCGACGAGGCCUAUUUGACCCUGUGGGAGCGCUUGCGGCUCGACAUGAUUCGAUCCAAGAGCGAGGACCCCGCGUUUGCGCGUUACGCGUCGUUUCCGAUCGACCGACUGAGCGACGUCAAGGUCUCCCUCACGGUGAACCUCUACCCGAACGGGUUUUCCCUGGGCGGCACCACUAUCGGCGAGCAGCAAAGCGUUUCGUAUCCGUACGACAGCUCGACGAAGGACUUCGUCAAGACGAUCGACUCUCUGCGUCUCCCGCCGGACUUUGUCGAACUCCUGGACGAGAUGCCCUGCGUCUACUACGACGGCUGCUUGGUGGUCGAAGUGCGAGACUUUCGAGGAAACAACACGUCCACUCUCACAGGUGGAGCGCCGGUGAUUCGCCGAGUCCUGCUGCAGCCCGACACCGAGACCAUCGUGAGCGAUGUGGAACAGAUAUGCGCUGACCAUGCCGACUGGACGUCCGAUGACUGCCUCAAGAUUGAGCAAAGCCUAGUGCUGGCGACCGCUCCUCCGCUGUGCCUUGAACCGGACAUCAAGGUCGGGUUGGUGGCCAACGUGUUGAACUACAACAAGUGCAAGUACAACCUCACCCGCACCGCCAAGAAGAAGAUCCUCUCCGCCUCCGACGUGCGCGGCGAAAAGGCCGCCAUGCCCAAGAAGGGCGGUGUCAGCUUUGCGUUGAUGGACUUCUUGAACAAGAAGAACUAUCGGCCCUCCCAGAGCGCGCACGACAACGACACCCUUCCCCUGAACCGGAAGCCACUCAAGGACGUGGACAAGACCAAGAAAGUCACCCUGCCGACCAUGUCGCUGGCGCACGUUCGGAGCCUCAAGAAGUCCCCGAUUCUGCAAAAGCGAGCCAUCCAAUUCCAUGGCCGUGACGGACGCAGUUAUUCUCACCUGGAGCUGCGGCCCAACCAGUACAACAACGGCUACGAGGCGGUCAUCAGCGAGGGCAUGUCAGCGGAGACCGUACAGGAGAACCCCACGCCUUUCCCCUUGACCCUCUACGCCAAGGAGGGCAAGAUCUGUCUCUACGACUCGGCCAUGGUCCGGGCUCCCGCUCCCGCCUACAUGUCGAUGAUGCGCCGCACCGCAAACACACAACUGCCCGGCGGGAGACAGAUGACGCACAGCCAACAGCAGGCCCUCUACCAACAGCUGGCCUCCCAAGCGGCCGGCGGCAACGCCAACUACCGCGCCGCUGCCGCUGCCGCUGCGGCCGCUCAGGCCGCCGGGCAACAGCAGAUGCAGCAACAGAUGCAACAGCAGCAGCAGAUGCAGCAGCAGCAACAGCAGCAGAUGCAGCCGCAGCAGCCCUCCUACGAGCCGCAGCGUGGCUUCAUGCCGGGCGGGUACCCGCAGAUGGCGACCAACGCGGGGCAGGCGACCGGGAUGCCGCCCGGGGGGAUGCCCGUCGGGCAGAGCAACGGUCCCCUCACGCCGGGCCAGAUGAGCGGCCUGCCCAUGAGCCCCCAGUCCAUCCCCCACUCCGGACAGCCGCAGGGUGCGCCCAUGUCUGGGCCGUUGACCCCGGGAGGAAGCCAAGCGGUUCCGCCUCAGGCCGCCCAAAUGGGUCCCGGUGGAGGGCAGAUGCCGCCCUCGGUGGGCCAAGUCGGCGGAGGCCCCAUGCCCGGUGUGAUGGGCGGCAUGGUGGGAGGCGGCAUGGGCGGAGGACCAGGCAUGGUGGGAGGGAUGCCCUCGUCCAUGGGGCCGGGCGUGGGCAUGUACUCGCAGGGAGGCAUGCCCGCCGGCGCUCCACCUGGCGGGGCGAUGAACCCGAUGAUGACGACGUACCGCCGAGGCUCGGGCGGGGCUGCGCCGAUGCGAGGCCAGCCCGUGCGUGGGCGCGCCAUGCCCACGUCCGGUGGACCCAUGGCCCAAGGCCAACCUGUGGGGAUGAUGUCGCCUUCGGGAGUGCCUUCGCCGUCGACGAUGGGUCCGCCUAGCUCGCCCUCGCUCACGGCCCCUUCGACGCCCACCACCAUGGGUCCGAUGACGCCCACGUCCAUGGGCGGCAUGUCCACCCAACCGCCCAUGGGCAUGCCGAUGGGCAUGCAACAGACCGGGAUGCCGAUGUCUCCGAUGUCUCCCAUGUCGCCGACGGGCAUGAUGCCCAACCCGAUGGGUGCCCAGCCCAUGGGGAUGGGGAUGCAGCCCAUCCCGAACCCAGGCGGCGUAGGUAUGCCGCAGGGCAUGCCCUCUGGGCCUGUGGCGGGGCGGGCGCAGCACCCGCAGGAGCGAAAAUUCCUGCUCGAGAACAUGCAGCAGAGAAAGUGA